CAUGGAUUUGUUGAAAAUUGAGGAAUGUGGCCUUUGUAAAUCGACUUUUAGAAAACCAAAAGUUUUAUCAUGUCUACACAUUUUCUGCGAAAAAUGUUUACGUAAUUAUUUGGAAAAUUCUCAACAAGUUCGGCUAAAAUGUCCCACUUGCGAAAAGAACGUUGCUAUUCCCGCCAAAGGAGUGUCCAAUUUCGAGGACGUUCUAUUCUAUUCUACCAUUCAGAAGUUGAUGAUAACAAAUAACGUUGCUUGCUCUAACGACUCACAGCAUCCGUCAGCUGUUGUUAAAUGUUUGAAUUGUUUGGAGAAUCUUUGUAAAAAGUGCACUCAAGCUCAUACAGUUACAGGAUUAACAAAAUUUCAUAAAUUAGUUCUAUUGGAAGAAGUGAAGGAGGAAGACGCCAAAACGGUUUGUAGAGCCUCGAGGGCGCCUUGUGACGUUCAUCCGAAUGAAGAUUACAAAUUCUUUUGUUCGUAUUGCCAACUUCCGGCGUGUAUUGAUUGCCGAUUAACCCAGCAUCACGAGCAUGAAUGCGUUGAACUUGAGAAGAGAGAGGACGACGAAAGAACUAAAUGUGAAGAAUCUCACAAAGAGCUAGUUGGUAAACUGGAUUUAGUUAAGAAUUCCAUUGAAAGGGCCAAGUUUUACGAAACUGAUUUUGAUUUCUUCUGUUCCGAAGCUGAGAAAAGUAUAGAGAACGAUGCUAAUCUGGCCAUUCAGCUUGUUCAUAAGAGGAAGAAAGAUGCUCUUGAACGUCUAUCGGCUGCAAGAACUGAUGAAUUCAAGAAAAUGAAGGACUAUCGAGAGAGAAUAUCUGAUAUGCAAAAUCAUUUAGAACACGCAGUCCUCUUUUCAAAGAGAUUGCUUGAAUUCGCAAAUCCAUAUGAAUUGGUUAUUCUAUCCGAUCGUUUAUCGGAAACUGCAAAAAAUUUCCUUCAGGCUCCUUUACAAGAACCUAAAAAAAACUUACUUGUUCUUGAACCCUUAAACCCACCUUUGGAGAAACCAAUAGGUGAUUUGAAACAGCAACCAUAUCCUUACGCUCAAUUGAUGAGAACUGCUGAAUUAAAGUGCGGUUGGAUUACUAGUAUAGUAGCAACAAAUGAUGAAAUUCUUCUUAUUUCUGAUGAUUCAAAGGAUAUAAGAGUCUUUGAUAAAGAAGCCGUACUAAAGAAAGUUAUUAAGACUUCGGCGUAUAAAGGGCAUCAAUUGGCUCUUGUUGAUAAUGGGCACGUGAUCGUUACGGAAAGCGAAGCCCACAGAAUAUGUAUAUUGUCCACGGUCGACUACGGAUGCCGUAUCUUUGCUAAUUCGAAAUUAAGUUCCCCCUGCGGAGUUGCUGUUUCGGCUGAACAUGUUUUUAUCAGCGACACUCAGGAGAAUUGCAUUUUCGUUUAUACUAAAGAAGGCGAGAGAUUGAAUGUACUUCGCCACGAAGCUUUUGAACGACCAUGGUACUUAGCUUGCGAUGAAUCUGGGAGAAUACUUAUAUCCGAUCAUAAAACAGAUAAGUUUUAUAUAAUGAAUAAUAAUGGUGAGAUAGUUGCCGAAUUUGGCUCUAGAGGAUCAAAGGAUCAAGAAUUAUGGUUUCCCGCUUCAGUAGCAGUAGAUCAAAGAGGUAAUAUUUUAUUAGCUGAUAAUUGGAAUCAUAGAAUAGUCGUUCUUACGCCUAAUGCCGAAUUCAAGUGCCAUCUGAUAACAAGAUCAUCAGGUCUCCUUUAUCCCCGAUCUCUUGCGGUGGAUCCUAUCAACGGAAAUCUCUACGUCGGACAAGACGACGGCGUAUUAAAGAUAUUCAAGUACUAUGCAUAG